AUGCAUCUUGUUGCCAGACUCCUCGCCGUCGCGGCGACGGGCUCACUGGGAGCGCAUGCCCUGGAGACGUCGAUAUUUACCUUUCCCGGUUCUACGAGGGCGGAGCACGGCUCCGCAGGGUUCAAGCAGCAGACUAUGACGGAAGAUGUGGCGCGGCUGGUAUUGGAGCUUCGGACUGAGGCUUCGUUGCAGUUUGUGCUUGGGAAGGCUGACGCUGAGACUGUGGAUCGUCUGAAUGAAUAUUCAGGCGCACAAGAGUCUUUGUUUGGUGGAGAUGGGUCGCAAGCUACACCGAGCAGGAAUUUGGUUGUGUUCGAGGGUGUCAAUGAAGCUCUUGGUACGAGCCUCCGCAAAGCACAACCGCAUAGCAUCAUCGUCCCGCAUGCGUCCUCAGAGUUGGUGGAGGGCUCGAUUGCGGAUCGUUUAGACGCCGGAAAGAUGAAGAAGCGUUGCGCGUAUUAUUCCGGCGAUAAGGCCAAAAGUUCAGACUCCAAGUCUGCCAAGGAGUGCCUGUCUCGGGAUCCUGUGCUAUCUCAAUCCCAAGAGCUCACGCCCGAGUUCCUGAACCUACUCGCCUCGGUUGAAGUGUGGUCGAGCACUGACAACAAGAUGAGUGCCUCAACAGUCGCUCUCAAGGGAUCAUCCGACAAGACCGUCGUCUCAAAAUCGCUUCAAUCGCUUCUCCAAAGCAUGGAAAAGCUCGCUUCUUCAAAGCACCAUGAAAUCACGAUCUUGACCAUGUCCGCCUUCAAUCCGUCCGCCGACUUUGAAAAACCUGCCAAACGUGAUCACGAUCCAUCACAACAGUCACCAUACGCCACCAGCGCCCAGAGCAUCAUUCAAAAGUCCGCCCAGACCCAGGCGCUCUCUUCUGUUCUUGCCCCGAUCUGCCACGCCUCGAACUCAUCCUGCGCCGACGCUACCAACAGCUGCUCCGGCCACGGCCAAUGCUAUCUCAAGUCUUCAUCCGGGGACUCCAAGUGUUUCGCUUGCAAGUGCAAGCCUACCGUCCGCACGAGAAGUAACGGCUCCAAACAGACCGUCUAUUGGGGUGGUCCAGCCUGUCAGAAAGAAGACAUUAGCUCGCCUUUCUUCAUGAUUGCGGGUGUCACGAUCUUGGCUAUUGUCCUUGUCACCGGCGCCGUGGGUAUGCUGUUCAGCAUGGGCUCCGAGGAACUUCCCAGUGUGAUUGGUGCUGGUAUUACUGGGGCCAAGGCUCCUGCGUGA